CCUGCCUUUCCUCCUUCCUGCCCGAGGGGCUCCUGGGAGGGGCAGGGCCCAGCUGCUGUUUGCACUGGUGACCUUACUCCCGCUGGGGGUGGAGCCCGCCCCCACACUCUCCCUGCUUCCCCAAAGCCCCUUGGUGCGCAGCAAGAGGGACUCAGCCUGAGCUGCCCCAGCACCAAGGCCACUGCGCCUCCUGCCCAGGGCUUUGUUCCUGAAGAAGGUCAGAGACAACCGAGGCCACAGCACGGCAGCCAUGGUCCAUGGGCAUAAAGGGGUCCAGUUCCAAAACUGGGCAAGGACCUAUGGCUGUUGCCCAGAGAUGUACUACCAGCCCACAUCUGUGGAAGAGGUUAGAGAGGUACUGGCCCUGGCCAGGCAGCAGAACAAGAAGGUGAAGGUGGUGGGUGGUGGCCACUCGCCCUCGGACAUUGCCUGCACUGAUGGCUUCAUGAUCCACAUGGGCAAGAUGAACCGGGUCCUCCAGGUGGACAAGGAGAAGAAGCAGGUGACCGUGGAGGCUGGCAUCCUCCUCACAGACCUGCACCCCCAGCUGGACAAGCAUGGCCUGGCUCUGUCCAACCUGGGAGCCGUGUCAGAUGUAACAGCAGGUGGCGUCAUUGGGUCUGGAACCCACAACACGGGGAUCAAGCAUGGCAUCCUGGCCACUCAGGUGGUGGCACUGACUCUGAUGACAGCUGAUGGGGUGAUUCUGGAAUGUUCCGAGUCCAGCAAUGCAGAGGUGUUCCAGGCCGCGCGGGUGCACCUGGGCUGCCUGGGCGUCAUCCUCACCAUCACCCUGCAGUGCGUGCCCCAGUUCCACCUGCAGGAGACGUCCUUCCCCUCGACCUUGAAGGAGGUCCUGGACAACCUGGACAGCCAUCUGAAGAAGUCCGAGUACUUCCGCUUCCUCUGGUUCCCGCACAGUGAGAACGUCAGCAUCAUCUACCAGGACCACACCAACAAGCCCCCCUCUUCUGCAGCCAGCUGGUUUUGGGACUACGCCAUCGGGUUCUAUUUACUGGAGUUCCUGCUCUGGACCAGCACCUUCCUGCCUUGCCUCGUGGGCUGGAUCAAUCGCUUCUUCUUCUGGCUGCUGUUCACCCGCAAGAAGGAGAGCAGCAACCUCAGCCACAGGGUCUUCACCUACGAGUGCCGCUUCAAGCAGCACGUCCAGGACUGGGCCAUUCCCAGAGAGAACACCAAGGAGGCUCUCCUGGAGCUGAAGGCCAUGCUGGAAGCCCACCCCAAGGUGGUGGCCCACUACCCGGUGGAGGUGCGCUUCACGCGGGGGGACGACAUUCUGCUGAGCCCCUGCUUCCAGAGGGACAGCUGCUACAUGAACAUCAUCAUGUACAGGCCCUAUGGCAAGGAUGUGCCGCGGCUGGACUACUGGGUAGCCUACGAGACCAUCAUGAAGAAGUUCGGGGGCAGACCCCACUGGGCCAAGGCCCACAACUGCACCAGGAAGGACUUUGAGAAAAUGUACCCUGCCUUUCCAAAGUUCUGUGCCAUCCGGGAAAAGCUGGACCCCACUGGGAUGUUCCUGAACUCGUACCUGGAGAAGGUGUUCUACUGAAGCGUCGAGCCCCACGCCCACCCCAGCCCACCUUGAUGAGGGGGGCGGCCCCGCGUCCGCCUGGCACGAGGGGCAGACCUCCCCUCCAGACCCCAGAGCCAGAGCCGGCUCCUGGAGUCUCCUCUUCUUAUCCUCACAGCCCAGUCGGAGGGGUCCUGGCCCCCAGUUCCCUGUUUGCCUCUCUGCCACAGGCCUCCCUUUCUGCACCUGCAAUCAGCACCCCAACAUAGCAUGCUCGCCCGGGAGGUCACAUUCGCUCACUGGCAAGGUCUACCCGCCAGCUAGGUGGGAGUGAAGCUCCCAGGUCAGCAGCUGCUGGGGUUCCCCUCCAGCCCCUUAGCAAGUGCGUGGGCACAGGCGGUGGGACCCUCUGCUCUCUCUCACACACAAGGCUCUCAAAUGCUCAGGUGAUUGCCUACAACUGGUCCUUCCAGAAGGCUCUGCCGGCCUUGGUCUGACCUGCAGCACAUCUCUUUCCUGGGCUGUUUGGGAGUGGGGGACCCUCCUGGUGGGACCCUCCCCAUCUCAAUAAAAGCCAGCAAUCGCUUCA